ACCCCACCCCGCGCCUCGCCUCGCGUGCAUCACCAGCACCCGCGAUCUGGGAACCGCGCGCGGGAUGCGGACGCCGAAGGAAUGUAAACGAGCACGGAUUGCAGUGGAGGAAGCGCGCUGCUCCUUCUUCACUGCCCGCUCAUAGCUGUUCGUAAUGCCGCUCGGGAAAGGCUGGAAGAAAAAGGUUGAGGACAUCACCAGUGUCUACAACAUCAAAGAGAAGCUGGGCGCAGGUGCCUUUUCAGAGGUGGUCCUGGCACAGGAGCAUGGAUCCCAGCACCUUGUAGCCCUCAAAUGUAUUCCUAAGAAAGCCCUACGGGGGAAGGAGGCAGCUGUGGAGAAUGAAAUUGCUGUACUUAAAAAGAUUCAGCAUGAGAAUAUUGUGGCUCUGGAGGACAUUUAUGAGAGCCCCACUCACCUGUACCUGGCCAUGCAGCUUGUGACAGGAGGAGAACUCUUUGACCGCAUUAUUGAGCGGGGUUACUACACAGAAAAGGACGCCAGCCAGCUCAUCCGGCAGGUGCUGGAGGCUGUCAACUACCUGCAUGAUCUGGGCAUCGUUCAUCGGGAUCUCAAGCCCGAAAACCUUCUCUAUGCCACUCCAUUUGAGGAUGCCAAAAUUAUGAUUACAGACUUUGGGCUGUCCAAGAUUGAGGCUGAUGGGAUUAUGUCCACAGCGUGUGGUACCCCCGGCUAUGUGGCCCCUGAGAUCCUGGAGCAGAAGCCGUAUGGAAAAGCUGUGGACUCCUGGGCGCUUGGCGUCAUCUCCUAUAUCUUGCUGUGUGGUUACCCGCCCUUCUACGAUGAGAACGACUCGGAACUGUUCAACCAGAUCCUGAGAGCAGAGUAUGAGUUCGAUUCCCCUUACUGGGAUGACAUCUCCGAGUCAGCCAAAGAUUUCAUCCGGCACCUUCUAGAACGGGACCCUGAGAAACGGUUCACAUGCCAACAAGCCCUGCAACAUCCCUGGAUCUCUGGGGAUACUGCUCUGGACAAAGAUAUUCAUGGCUCUGUGUGUGAACAGAUUCAGAAGAACUUUGCUCGCAGCCAAUGGAAGCGAGCAAUCAAUGCCACAUCCUUCUUGCGCCACAUCACCAAGCUGGGACCUGGUGCAGAGGGAGAAGAAAUUGGAGAGACCACAUCUGGAGGACAGCAUGGAAAAUGGUGACCAGAGAGGUGCCCGGAGAUCCUGGGCUGCUGCCCUUUGCAUGAGCUACCCUCCUGCAUGCGGCUUCACGACCAUGACGCUGCACCAGCACUCGUGCCCAAGGGGUGGGGGUGCCCUUCCAUUUCCUGUUCCCCUGCCUGGGGAUAUCUCUGCUCCGAAGGGGCCCAGGAGUUAAGUCAAGUCAACAGCUGUCCAGCUUGCUCUUAACAGGGUCUGCCUUUGCCCUGCCUAGGACCAAAAUCCAGCCCCACCCUUGAGACUGGUGAACCUGUCACACUCCCUCUGCGUUACUCACCUCACUUCUGUCCAUGUCAGCCGUAAAGGCUAAGAAACUUGCUGGAGGAUCCGGGGAGAAAUGUUGUAGUGGGAAGGUAGAGGCAUCCCUCCCUGUCCCAGUUAUAUAAUAACUGGGACAUUUCCAGAGUAGAUUUGAGAUCAUGUUGGGAUAAUCCCUUGUGGGAAAAGAAAUGUUAGCUUCAGAGCUGGUAGAGUGGGUGGACGCCAGAGGAACAAGAGAACUGUGUGGGGAUAGUGGAAUCUGGAAUACUACAGAGCAGCCGUCAGCAGAGCUGAGGGACCUUGACGAGUACCAACUCUGAGACAGCCAGUGACAGCUGAGUUAGGAUCAAAAUGCAGUAGGCUGCAUAUUUGCAGGGGGUUUGGGUUCCUGAAGGGGCACGGCUUGGCUUUGCCAGACUCCUCACAGGUGAAGACAACUGCAACCAUGCAAGAGUGACGAGAGUGGUUUGGUAGCACUGUUGCUGCCAGCUGGGAGGAGAAAAAAGGGUUUUUUCCAGUACCAUUCUAUUUGAAAUGUCAGCGAUGGUAAGCACUCAUUAGCUGCUCAGCGACUGCCCCCAAUCCCGGAGCAGUUUGCCACCAUUUUAAAAAUACAUGUGAAGUGCUUGUUUUGUACGGGUGUGUUGAAGGAAGACUAUAGCUAAGCAUAGGCAGAUAUGCACUACUUUUAAAAAUAGCAACAACGGUGACACCACGGUAAAGGCUGCUUUGCCAAUAAGGCGUGGGGCAAGCAAAGAGUGUGGGCUAACCCAUCUUCUUGACAGGGAAGCAACUGUUCAAUCCAGCAUUUGACUUGUAAAUAUAUUGCAUGGGUUGGGGAGCUUCGGCCAUACUGCUUUUGGGGACUAUGUCUGUCAUUACCUCUGGAUUGUUUUGGGUGUUUUAAACUGCUACACUGAGUUAGAUACAGCCUUGUUGGAACUGUAGGGGAAUGAAAGAAUCAGUGGGAUCUUGCCAGAAGAUGACAUGGCUUGGAUGGGUUAGGUCAGCCUUCCCAACCAGGUGCCUCCAGAGGUGGGCUGGAAGUCCCCUAAUUCCCAGCCUGGGUGGCCAAUGGGAAUUGGUGUCCAAUGUCUCUGGAGGGCACCUGAUUGGGGAAAGCUGGGUUGGGUGCUCUGCUUGAGUUAAUGUUGGAACUAUCAUUACUGCACACCUCUCCCUGGAGUAGAAAUGAACCAGCCCACAUAGGACAGUUCCACCAUCCAGCCAAAAGGAGUUUUUCUUCUCGGAAGUGGAGCCCAGGGAUGCCCCAUAAAGGGAUGGGCUAGCCUCUGUAUUCCGGCCCCCUUUCAAAAAGCCCGUUGAUGGAGAAGGCGAGUGGUUUUCCCCGGUAUUUCGCACCCUCCACCCCGCCCCUUUUUUCUCUCUUGUUGGACUGAACAUUUGCUUUGCUGUGUUGCUCGGAGCUGGAGAUUUUCUUGUGGUUCUUGUGGGGACUGAUGGGGGUUGUUUCCUUGUUGCUUCCCCUUCCCGACAUGUGUCAAUAAACAAGUGGAAAUAGCGA